AUGGCCUCCACCACGACCAACCUCCAGAAAGCAAUAGAUCUUGCUAGCAAAGCAGCCCAGGAAGACAAGGCUGGGAACUAUGAGGAAGCCCUUCAACUCUAUCAACAUGCUGUCCAGUAUUUUCUCCACGUAGUUAAAUAUGAAGCACAGGGUGAUAAAGCCAAGCAAAGUAUCAGGGCAAAGUGUACAGAAUAUCUUGAUAGAGCAGAAAAAUUAAAGGAAUACCUGAAAAAGAAAGAGAAAAAACCACAGAAGCCGGUGAAAGAAGGACAAUCGAGUCCAACUGAUGAGAAGGGGAAGGACAGUGAUGGGGAAGAAGAAUCAGAUGACCCUGAAGCAAAGAAACUACAGAAUCAACUUCAAGGUGCCAUUAUUAUGGAGAAACCUAAUGUGAAAUGGAGCGAUGUUGCUGGUCUUGAAGGAGCCAAAGAAGCACUUAAGGAGGCUGUGAUAUUGCCUAUUAAAUUUCCUCAUCUUUUUACGGGCAAGAGAACACCUUGGAAGGGAAUCCUUUUAUUUGGGCCACCUGGAACAGGAAAGUCCUAUUUAGCCAAAGCUGUAGCCACAGAAGCAAACAACUCAACAUUCUUUUCAAUACAUUCCUCCCACCUUGUCUCCAAGUGGUUAGGUGAAAGUGAAAAGCUAGUUAAGAACUUAUUCCAACUUGCCAGAGAGAAUAAACCUUCCAUUAUCUUCAUUGAUGAAAUCGAUUCUCUGUGUGGUUCAAGAAGUGAAAAUGAAAGCGAGGCUGCACGUAGAAUUAAGACGGAGUUCCUAGUUCAAAUGCAAGGUGUUGGUACGGACAAUGAGGGAAUUUUGGUUCUGGGAGCUACAAAUAUACCUUGGGUACUGGAUUCUGCCAUUAGGCGAAGAUUUGAGAAACGAAUUUAUAUUCCUCUGCCUGAGGCCCAUGCCCGAGCUGCAAUGUUUAAACUGCACUUGGGGACCACUCAGAACAGUCUAACGGAAACAGACUUCCGAGAGCUUGGAAAGAAAACCGAGGGUUACUCAGGGGCAGACAUCAGUGUCAUUGUGCGUGACGCACUUAUGCAGCCGAUUAGAAAAGUACAGUCGGCCACUCACUUUAAAAAGGUUCGAGGACCUUCCCGAACUGAUCCUAACAACAUAGUGGAUGAUCUCUUAAUGCCCUGUUCUCCUGGGGAUCCUGGUGCCAUUGAGAUGACGUGGGUGGACGUCCCUGGUGAUAAACUUUUGGAGCCAAUUGUUUCCAUGGGUGAUAUGUUACGAUCACUGUCUAGCACAAAGCCCACAGUCAAUGAACAUGACUUGCUUAAAUUAAAGAAGUUUUCUGAAGAUUUUGGCCAAGAAGGCUAA